UUCAAUUUUCAUCGUAAAACAUCUUCCAUGUACAAAAAAAUCCUCAAUUUUCCUAGCAUUUUCCCAAUAACCAAACAAACCCGUUUUGGUCACAUUUGUAUCCAAUUACCAUGACGAAGCCUAUCAUCCCUUGUCGUUUUUUCUCAUUAAAAUAGAAAAGAAAAAAGAAAAAACACCCCUUCCCACUUCAACCCAAAAUUCCCUGAAAAGUAUUCCCAGAAAGGUUGUUUCUGCCCUUCAUUCCCCCAACCCAAAAUACUCCCAAAUUCCAAUGCCAUACUCUAUCAAAUAAACCGAAAUUGUCAAACACCCAAAUCUCUUUUUCCGCCGUAUUUGCAAUGUCAGGUCCAUCACUGAUGGAUUCCCUGUUUCAACGUACUUUAGAGGACCUAAUCAAGGGCCUAAGACAACAACUGAUCGGUGAACAAGCUUUCAUUUCCAAAGCCCUGGAAGAAAUCCGUAAAGAAAUCAAAUCCACUGACCUCUCAACCAAAUCCACAGCUCUCCUCAAACUUUCCUACCUUUCCUCUCUCCACUUCCAUGACAUGUCGUUUGCAACUUUCCAUGCCUUGGAAGUCCUCUCUUCCCCUCGUUUUUCCCACAAAAGAAUCGCUUACCAUGCAAUCUCAAUUUCCUUCCAUGAUUCUACCCCUGUUCUUCUCCUUAUAACUAAUCAUUUGCGCAAGGAUCUUUCGAGUACCAAUGAGUUUGAAGUAAGUUUAUCUCUUCAAUGCUUAUCUAGAAUCGCAAAUGUUGAUCUUGCUAGAGAUUUGACCCCGGAAAUUUUCACUUUACUGUCUAGUAAUAAACUUUAUGUUCGAAAAAAGGCAGUGGCUGUAGUUUUAAGGGUUUUUGAGAAAUACCCAGAAUCUGUUAGGGUGUGUUUUAAACGCUUAGUUGAAAAUUUAGAGAAUUCUGAUCCCCAGGUUUUAUCUGCUGUCGUCGGGGUGUUUUGUGAACUUGCUAGUAAAGAUCCCAUAUCAUACCUUCCGUUGGCACCUGAGUUUUAUAAGAUUUUGGUUGAUUCAAAAAACAAUUGGGUUUUGAUUAAGGUGUUGAAGAUUUUUGCUAAGUUGGCUCCUCUGGAACCAAGGUUAGCCAAACGGGUUGUUGAGCCCAUUUGUGAUCAUAUGAGGAGAACUGGGGCAAAGUCAUUGGUGUUUGAGUGUGUUAGGACUGUGGUUACUAGUUUGAUUGAGAAUGAUUCUGCCGUGAGGCUUGCAGUGGGAAAGGUUCGGGAGUUUUUGGUGGAUGAGGAUCCGAAUCUUAAGUAUCUUGGAUUACAGGCACUUUCCAUUGUAGCACCGAAGCAUUUGUGGGCAGUUUCAGAGAAUAAGGAAUUUGUGAUUAAGUCAUUGAGUGAUGCAGAUCCUAAUAUUAAGAUUGAGUCAUUGCGUCUUGUGAUGGCAUUGGUAUCUGAACAUAAUGUGGCUGAAAUUUCCAGAGUUUUGGUCAAUUAUGCACUUAAAUCUGAUCCUGAUUUUUGUAAUGAGAUUCUUGGUUCUAUUUUAUCAACUUGUUCUAGGAAUGUAUAUGAGAUUAUUGUUGAUUUUGAUUGGUAUGUAUCACUUCUUGGGGAGAUGUCAAGAAUCCCACAUUGCCAGAAGGGAGAAGAAAUUGAAAAUCAACUAAUUGAUAUUGGUAUGAGGGUCAAGGAUGUUAGGCCAGAACUUGUUUGUGUUAGUCGUGAUCUGCUGAUUGAUCCUGCCUUACUUGGGAAUUCUUUCUUGCAUAGGCUAUUAUCUGCUGCAGCUUGGGUGUCUGGAGAAUAUGUUGAGUAUUCAAGGAACCCAUUAGAGCUUAUGGAAGCACUAUUACAACCUCGCACUAGUUUGUUGCCACCAUCUAUUACGGCAAUUUAUAUUCAGUCUGCCUUUAAAGUUUUAGUUUUUUGCCUACUUACUUACCUCAUGCAAAGGGGAAGUACUGCUUCGUCUAUGUUUCCUGAUAAUUUGCCCUCAGCAGUUUCAGCAUCUGUGUCCUAUGAAUCAUUUGAUGAUCUGUCUGUUGAAAACGUUGUGGAUGCAACUGAUACUCAUGGCCCAACAUGUACCUCUGCCUCUAUCACCAAUGAAUCCAUUGUAAACCUGUUGAAUCUGGUUGAAUUGGCUUUGGGUCCUCUAUUAGGAAGCCAUGAUGUAGAAAUACAGGAGAGAGCGCGGAAUGUGCUUGGCUUUGUUGAUUUGACAAAACUGGACUUACUUAAUUCUUCAGUUCAAGAGGAAAAUGAUUCAGAGAGAAAAGGAGCGGAAGCUUCCAAAACCAUAGAACUGAUGCAUGGUGCCUUUUCUAAGGAGCUUGGUCCCGUCUCUUCAAGCGCCCAGGGAAAAAUUUGUCUACCAGAUGGGUUAAUGCUUAAGGAGAACCUCGGCGACUUGGAAAUGAUCUGUGGUGACAUUGAUCAACCUUCAUCAAACUCAUUUUCUUUUGGAAGUCCUUAUGAGGAGAAGGGUGGUGUUUCUUUCUCUAACCUUCAGAUCAAAGAAAACUCUAGGCAAUCAAAUGAGUCCACAUCUCUGUUAGCGGAGCACCGUAAGCGCCAUGGGUUGUAUUAUCUUCCUUCGGGGAAGAGUGAAAUGAUUUCAAAUGAUUAUCCUCCUGCCAAUGACCCCAUGUUACUGGGUAAUAUCAAUGAUAAUGCUGAUGAUCUUGUUAAACUUACAGAGGAAUCACUUACACCUAAGAGAAAACCAAACCAUGCCAAGCCUAGGCCUGUUGUGGUGAAAUUGGAUGAAGUGGAUGAGAAACCUGAGUCUAAGGAAGAUUCACUUUCAGGUGCUGUGCAUGAUGUUCUUUUUGGUAGUGAAGAUAUUGUACCAACUUCAUCACAAAGCAACCUUUCUGAUAUGCCAUCUAGCAAGAGAAAAGGGAAGGAAAAACAACAUACAGAUUCUCAUGUGGAAUCAAAAGAAAAUUUAGUUGACCAUGGAAAUCCUAGUUCAAGGAGGAGAAAACACCAUAGUCAUGGUAAAGAGAGAAGACAUAGAAGUCCAAGGAAGAAGAAUGCUGAGGAAAGAAAAGAUAAUGGUCAGAAAUUAAAAGAAAAGAGUAGUCAUCGCCAUGGUAUGCAUAAAUCUGGACAAAGAGCUGAAGAGCCUUUUAAUUUUUCUGUACAAACACCUGUGAUACCUGAUUUCCUUUUAUAGCAUUAAAAUUUUUGAACCAAAAGUCUGAAGUUGCUCAAGAGAAAUUGGCCGACAAUAUCCCCUGUAUUCAGCCUUCAUGCAUGCUAAGUUCGGUUCUGCUGUAAAUUGUUAUGGUUUUUGUUAUUAUUUGGCAUAUGUGGUCUAUUGAAAUUUGAAAAAAUGGGAUUUAUUUCAGAUGUUACACAUUUUGAAUUUCAAUUUUGUGGACUAAAGUUUCAAUUUGAAACAUUUUAGCCCCCAAGAUCUAAAAUGAAUAUAUUCUCUAUAUGUUGGUUUUGA